AUGGGUACUAGCCAAUCGCUCCCCAAGAUUACUGCACAGGACAAGGCGAUUCUCGAUCUUAAGUUGCAGCGAGACAAAGUAAGGCAAUACCAGAAGAAGAUCCAAGCUGUCCUCGAACGCGAAUAUGAGAUAGCGAAGCAACACUUGGCUGCUGGGAACAAGGACCGUGCUCUGUUUGCUCUGCGUAAACGCAAGUAUCAGGAGACUCUCUUGCUGAAGACAGAUGGGCAGCUGGAGAAUUUGGAGAGUUUAGUUUCGACCAUCGAAUUUUCUCUGAUACAAGUUUCCGUACUACAUGGGCUGCAACAAGGAAACGAAGUGCUCAAGAAGAUCCACGAAGAAAUGAAUGUAGAGACGGUCGAGAAGCUGUUAGAAGAAACACAGGAAGCAAGAGAGUAUCAAAGGGAAAUUGACGAGAUGCUUGCAAAUAAUCUCACAGUUGAAGAUGAGGAAGCAGUCCAAACAGAGCUGCGGGAACUGCAACGAGAAGCAAUCGGAAAACCCGACAUGCUUCCCGAACUUCCAUCAGCACCUACCGCCGAGCCUGUUGCAGCACCACCUGCAGAGGAAGCAAGCAGGGUUCCACAGAAACGCGAACGCAUACCUGUCGUCGCCUGA